AGCAAGGAAGCCUAGCCUGCAGCCAUGGCUACGUCAACUCAUCCAAUAAUUUCAUGCACCAACAUUAAUUCCUUCUCCACCAAGUCAUCGUCUUCUCCCGGUAACUUUUCCAGACGACCUUCCCAGAUCUUUCUCAACCCUAACCCCAGGAGCGCAGCAAGACGUGGUGACGUCAUCAAGAUCCGGUGCGCUGCAGCCUCGUCGGAGGGGCGUGAAAACCCGCCGGACAGCAGCCUCUCUGAGGCGAAACUUGACCGGAGAAAUGUCCUUCUGGGCCUCGGCGGUCUCUACGGCGCUUACAACUUGGGGGGCGGCGGCGCGUCCAACCCCUUUGCCCUGGCCGACCCUGUGCCGCUCCCUGACGUCUCCAACUGCGGCCCUGCUACCAUUUCGUUCAGCACUUGUAAAGUGCCAUACCGUUGUUGCCCUCCCAUCACGGAUACUACUAAUGUUGAUUACUAUGAGAUCCCCUGUUUUUCCAAGCUUAAUGUCAGGCCAGCCGCUCACGCCGUAGACGACGAGUACUUGGAGAAGUACAAGACCGCCAUUAAGCUAAUGAAGGAACUUCCCCCCAGUGAUCCCCGAAGCUUCGACAAUCAAGCUAAGGUCCACUGCGCUUACUGCAAUGGCGCUUAUCAACUCGCCGGCCAGCCCUAUCAGAUCCACUUCAACUGGUUCUUCUUCCCUUUUCACAGAUGGUAUCUGUACUUCUUCGAAAGGAUCAUGCAAAGCAUGAUUAACGACCCAACAUUCACGUUGCCGUACUGGAACUGGGACAAUCAACCGGGCAUGACUUUCCCGAGGAUCUUCGACGACGACAAGGAGUUGUCGCCGCUGUACGACCAGUACCGCAACCAGCUCCACACCACGCAGUUCCACCGCAAGCGGCCCCUCAGCAAGGCAUACGUGAUGGAUCUAGCAUACUCCAGCGACGAGAUCUUAGCCAGCGACCCCCAAAAGGUGAAUAACAAUCUUGCGAUUAUGUACCGGCAAAUGAUAACCAACGCGCCGUGUCCGUUGCUCUUCUUUGGCAAACCUCUUCGCGCUGAUAAUGGCCAGGUCGGCAGCUCCGGCAUGGGGACCAUCGAGAACAUCCCGCAUAACUCUGUCCACCGAUGGGUGGGGGACCCCAGAAGUGCUAAUCAUGAGGACAUGGGUAACUUCUAUUCUGCUGCUAAUGAUCCGGUGUUUUAUUCCCUCCAUUCCAAUGUAGACCGCAUGUGGAGCAUUUGGAAGAGUCUGGGUGGCAAACGCAAGGAUAUCACCGACCCCGAUUGGCUCCAAACUGAGUUCCUGUUCUAUGACGAAACCAAGACUCCUGUCAAGGUCAAGGUUAAAGAUUGUUUGGACAACGAGAAGCUUGGGUACACUUUUCAGGACAUGCCCAUUCGAUGGAAGCAUUGGAAACCCACCAAGAAAAGAACGGCGAAACUGAGGAGCCUGGAGUCAGUACCCGUAAUUUCCGACGUCUUGCCGGCACCCUUUAGAAAGAUUUUAACGUUUCACGUGACGAGAUCAACAUCAGUGAAAGACACAGAGGAGGAGCUGCUGAAUUUCGACCUAGUCUACGACGACACCAAGUUUAUACGGUUCGAUGUGUUCCUGAACGAGGACGAGGACGUGAAUACGAAGGAGCUGGACAGGAUGGAGUACUCCGGAAGUUUUGCCAACUUGCCACAUGUUCAUGAAGGUGGCUCCGCUACUCCCAAGAAGACCACUUUUACCCUGGCCAUCUCGGAGCUGAUUCAGGACUUGGGGCUGAAAGGUGAGGACAAGGUUCUGGUGGCUCUGGUGCCAAAAGCUGGGGGAAAAUUUGUCACCGUCGACAAGGCAUAUAUCAAUACUAUGGAUUGCUAGUUAAGAUCUAUGUAUGUAUGUAUGUAUGUCCAUG